AUGUCUCUUCCCACCACCGCCCGCGUCUUUCGUCGCAAUGAAGCUAGAGACAACAUCGAGCAAUCCACCGAGCCCCUCCCCAAGGAGCUCAAACCCACCGAGGUCCUCAUCCAGAUCCAUGCUGUCUCGCUCAACUUCCGCGAUGUCGCAAUGAUCCACGACCGAUACCCCGCUCCCCACGAUCACCGUGGAAUCCCUUGCUCUGACGCCGGCGCCACCGUUAUCGCAGUAGGAGACGCAGUCACAGACUUCAGGAAGGGUGAUCACGUCUCCCCUACUUUCCGCUGGAACACCCCAGACGGUGAGAUGAGAGCACUGGGUGGAGACUUCGAUGGCGUUCUCCGCGACUAUGCCGUCUACGAAUCUGACGCACUGGUCAAGAACCCCGAUCACCUGUCCUACGAAGAAGCCUCCACCAUCGCCUGCGCUGGAACCACAGCUUGGACCUCUCUGGCCCAAGAUGACCCCAAGAAAGCUGCAAACAUCAAGACCGCUCUGAUGCAAGGCACCGGCGGCGUCUCACUCUUCUCACUCCUUCUCUGUCUUCCUCUCGGUAUAACACCUAUCAUGACAUCCUCCUCGGACGAAAAGCUCGCCGGUCUUCAGAAGCUCGCAAAAGAUGGUCAGAAGAUCCACUCCAUCAAUUACCGCAACACCCCCGACUGGGCCGAAGAAGCGCUCAAGCUCACAGAUGGCAAAGGCGUAGACGUCCUCGUCAACAAUGUCGGCACCUCCUCCAUGGAUCAAUCCUUCAAAGCACUCAAACGCUUCGGCACCAUCUCUCUUGUCGGCUUCCUCGGCGGCACCCCUGAAAAAAUGCCCGAUGUCACCAUGGCAAUCUUGAUGAAGUCUGCACAUGUGCAGGGUAUCGCUACGGGAACAAAACAAGAUCAUCAAGAUCUGUGCAACUUUCUGGCCGACAAGAAGGUGGAUCUAAAACCUACCAUUGACCAAGUGUUCGGGUUUGACGACUCACCGAAAGCGUUUGAAUAUCUUUACUCUGGCGCUCAUGUCGGUAAGGUUGUCAUCAAGAUCUGA